CCGUGCAAGUCAAUAUUAUGUAGGCUACUUUAAUGCUGUUGUCGCAAUCUUUCUUUGCGGAAGCUUGACGUCAAUAUAUAUAUAUAUAUAUAAAAAAUAACCGACAACCGACACUCGUGACUUUUAUGCAUUCCACGUGUGUCGUUCAACUGGGAUACACACACACAACUGAUCUCGUCUGGAGAAAAUGGAAACAUACAGAACACACUUUGUCAUGUGGACUGUCCUGGGAUUAGCAGCUGUCUUCAUCUCUGCCUCAGCCCUCUCAGGUUUGAAAGGAAUUGUGAAACAGAAGGUCCUCCUGCAUUGCCCCUGCGUAAAUAGAAAUGUGAGGAAGACAAUUAUCUGGCAGCUAGAAGAGCAUACCACCGUUUUCUAUCAUGAUGGAAGUAAUAACCACACAACCAUAGGGACGAGAUAUGAAAACAGGGUCAGUCUCUUUCUAAAUGAAGAGAAGGACAACUGUUCGCUGCUCCUCUCAGGCAUCACUGUGGCAGACAACGGGACAUACAAAUGCUCCUUUACAGCCAACGCUUUUGUCUACCAAAAAGUCAUUCUACAUGUGGCUGCGAGCUACAGUGUCUGUAUGGACCUCGUCUCAGACCAGGCUUCGGUGAGUUCCGGAGGGGGAGAGGGGUCGGGGGUGUACCAGUGUAAAGCCUCUGGGGGCUAUCCAGAGGGCCAGAUUCACUGGGAGCUGGAAGGACAUCCUCUGGUGAACCCCUCCAGGAGGGAUGUGACCCACCUGGACAACUUUACAGGACUCUACAGCCUGACCAGCAACCUGACCAUCGAGCUGAGUGAGGGUGAAAAACUGCAGUGUGUGGUGGAGAACACAGCCUUGGCCUCCAACCUCACCUCCAACUCCAGCUGCAAUCAAAAACCUAGUGCAUUGUUGCUCUACAUGUGAAACGUCUGUAUGAGUGACGCACACAACCACAGCACUCCACCACCAUGGGCCAGCGAAGGAGGGGGGUGGCUGCAUCUCCUGGGGGCCCCCAAGCAAACAGACACCCUGACGGGCUCACAGUAACUCCCCAGGCCCCAACCAGGAAACACAACAUUUGCAUGGUGUCAGACUUCUUCUACCCCAACAUGGGAGGGGUGGAGAGCCACAUCUACCAACUAUCCCAGUGUCUGAUCGAGAAGGGCCACAAGGUGGUGAUCGCCACCCACACCUACGGCUGCAGGAAGGGGGUCCGCUACCUGACCAACGGGCUCAAGGUCUACUACCUGCCCCUGCAGGUGAUGUACAACCAGUCCACCGUCACCACCUGCUUCCACAGCCUGCCACUACUGCGCUGUGUGUUCGUCAGGGAGCGCAUCACCGUGGUGCACGCCCACAGCUCCUUCUCCGCCAUGGGUCACGAUGCACUGUUCCACGCCAAGACCAUGGGCCUCAACACGGUGUUCACUGACCACUCCCUCUUCGGUUUUGCUGACGUCAGCUCGGUGCUGACCAAUAAGCUGCUGACUGUAUCUCUGUGCGACACCAAUCACAUUGUGUGCGUGUCAUACACCAGUAAGGAGAACACAGUGCUCAGGGCAGGGCUUGACCCCGAGAUUGUUUCUGUCAUCCCCAAUGCUGUCGACCCCAGAGACUUCACCCCCGACCCCUCCCAACGGCAUGACGACAGGAUCACCAUCGUUGUGAUCAGCCGUCUCGUCUACCGCAAAGGAAUAGAUCUUCUGGGAAGGAUCAUCCCAGAGCUCUGUCUGAAACAUCCAGAUCUACAUUUUCUGAUUGGUGGAGAGGGACCUAAGAGAAUCGUGUUGGAGGAAGUGAGAGAGAAAUACCAACUACACGACAGGGUGCAUCUCCUGGGGGCCCUGGAGCAUAAGGAUGUGCGUGGGGUGUUGGUCCAGGGACAUAUCUUCCUCAACACCUCCCUGACUGAGGCCUUCUGCAUGGCCAUAGUGGAGGGAGCCAGCUGUGGACUACAGGUGGUAAGUACGCGUGUUGGAGGGAUCCCAGAGGUUCUGCCUGAGCAUCUGAUCACCCUGUGCGAGCCCACUGUGCAUUCUCUGUGUGCCGGCCUGGAGAGUGUCAUCGCUAGGCAACUAUCGGGCCGCGUUGCCUCCCCCGCCACCAUCCACGCCCACGUCCGCACCCUGUACACCUGGAGGAACGUCGCAGAGAGAACAGAGAAGGUGUAUGACUGCGUCGCUGGGAAGGAGGUUCUUCCUCUGGAAAGACGGCUGCUCAGACUGAGGGCCCACUGUGGCCCCGUGGCAGGCUCCAUCUUUGCCCUCUUUGCUGUUCUCGACUUCCUCUUCCUGCUCCUCCUCCGCUGGCUCCUCCCAGACCGCCUCAUAGAUAUUGCCAUGGACGCCACGGGCCCUCAGGGGUUGUGGAGGCGGGGCUUGGUCGAUAGGAAAGGAACUCGCUCUAAAAGUGCCGUCUUGACAAAGGAGGAGUCAAGUGGUCACAAGACCAAGCUAUGAUCACAACUCCAAGCAGGCACAAAUCCUUAUCCUCAAUUGUUAUACAACUCCUGAAAAUACAGAUAUUUUUACAUUUUUUACUUGAUAUCUGACCCCACUACCUUAUGACCUGUGGAGACUGACCACUCGUUGCAGAAUGUUUUAGGGGGAACCCGUGUGUUUACAAUAGGAUUGUUUUUUUGUUUUUAAAAAACUUUUUUUGUUUUCUUUUCCUCUAUAUAUUUAAUAUAUUAUUUCUUAAACUUUAUAUGAUCGAAAGGAUCAAUACUUUGUAGUUAUGUUUCUUUUGUAAUGUUAUUUCUUUAAAUUCUUCUGAGUGGCAGCCCAAAUCAAAUCUAAUUUUAUUUGUCACAUGCGCAGAAUACAACCGGUGUAGACCUUACCGUGAAAUGCUUACUUACAAGCCCUUAACCAACA